AAUAUAUGGUAUUUUCAGCAUUAUGACAUUUUGUAAUCUUUUUGCAUAGCUCAGAAUUUUGACACAAGAGCAUUAUUCAAUGCUUAAAAUUAAAAGUGACAUUAAUGAAACGUAAUUGCAUAGUUCAAGAAUUCAGAUGUGCAUGUUUUAAAUUUUUACAAAAGAACAUAAAAUCUGUGGUUGCCUGCUAAAGUUACAUUGAUUAUAAAUAGUUUUAGAAAUGGACGUUUUGUCGAGGCCUGCGGAAGAGUUCGGUAAUGAUGAGACGCUGGAACACUUGUGGGCGGCUAAAGCUAUGGAGCAUAGCGACAUUUAUUUCAAUAUGCUAUGUUCAGUGGAUACACGACUGCUGCAACUGACACCGCAUGACGAUCUCAUCUACACACACUUCAGACAAGACUUCCCUGACAUGGACGUAGCAUUCAUUAACGAGAACGAAAUCAAAAACAAUAUGAACAAAGCAAAGUGGAGAGUGUUUUGCGAAAAGUUCAAAAACAUUGUCGAAGACUAUAGUUUCGGUACCUUAAUGCGAGCAGACUGCAACGGCGAUUAUUCAGAACAAAACACAAUAUUGGUAGCUAGGGUGCAGUUUUAUGCGAUAGAAAUUGCAAGAAAUCGUGAAAAUCUCAAUAACAAUGUGAAGAAACGCUUUAAGUGUGCAUCAUUAGCUAACUUGGAGAAUCAAGAAAAAGCUCAAAUAGCAGCUUAGGUUAAUACAAACAUUGCCAGCUUUUGAAUAUGAUAUGCCUAAUUAAAUAUAUUUUCCGAAGCCAAGUUUUGGAAUUAUUAAUAAAUGAGCAACACUGAUUGGCAUGUGAAAAUAUAUGUUGAAAAUUUUGCAUCUUGUGAUUGUUACUAUAAUUUUUACUUUUUAGAUAAAGGGAGAACUUUUGCCUAUAAAAUUAUGUUUAUACCAGUGUUGGGAAGCAAUUCCUACUAGCAAAUUACAAUAUUUAUAAUGAGCAAUUUGUCAGAACUCAUACACAUUAAACUUUAUCAUUUCAACCAAUAAGAUUUUGACUAGCAUUAUACUAAUAUAUGUUAAACUAAGCCGUUACCAUCUAAGAAGUAUAAAUUGUUUGUUAACAAAGUAAGUGUUGCCUUGUUCAUAAUUCCAAAAUAGACUUCAUAAUUUACGAAAUGGUGUGAAUGCGUGUUUAUUGUAGGUGUGAUAGCACUACACAUGUAUCAGAGUUCAAGUAUGUAUAUCGUGCAAAAUAGCAAUAAUAUUCAUAUAUCCACAUAAUGUGCAUUGCAGUUUAAAUAUAUCAACAUUGUGUAUAUUGGUGGUUGAAAGGUUAAUUGACUUAAGGGAUUUUUUUUUGCGACACUUAGUUUCAUACAUAUUAUUCAGCACUCUUUUGCUAUGAGUUUUUAACCUAGUAAAAAAAAAAUGUUGCUUAAAUCAAUUAGCUUUUUAACUGUCAAUAUAAUCUUGAUUUCUAACUACUGAAAACUGUUCUACAUAUCCCUGUUCUGUUACUUUUAACUGUUGUAUUCACUGUUAUAAGUGUAGGAUAUAAUUUUGUAAUGCUUCUGUAAUCGUAAUCACCGUAAUUGUAAGUUAUCACGCGGCUGACUAGAUAUUACGAGUGGAUAAAAAAUGAAUGGGGUGCUCAUUUUCUCAUACAUUUUUUGAUAUUAAAACUGAGUAAACUGCA